AUGGCUAAAAUGCAUUUUGUGGAGGUCUUAAAAUGCUGGGAAGAUUGCAAGUCAUUGGAGAAUUAUGAUAGUCUACCAACAGUGAUCAGUACCUACAUACAAUCUCCGAAUACUCUCAUAAAAUUAACUUCUGCCGAUGAUGUAAAAGCUCUAAACUCCCUCAUAACAGCUGGUUUUUGUGACGAAUACUGUGCAGCUACACAGAAUGUCAUUAUUGAUCUCAUUAUUUUCCUUGGCAACAAUAUCCAAACACGAUAUCAACUUUUAACAUACUUUUCUAUAUUAAAGCCAUUGAUUUAUGGCGUUAUUUCGGAUUCUAUAACUUGUGAUAAAAUAAAGUUGCUUCAAGCAUUACAGUUAUACACUGAAAAUUUACAUAAUUUAGAUGUACCAAUUGAACCGAUUCUAUUUUCUUGUGCACUUAACUACAUCAUUCAUAUUAUCCAUUCAAAUGAUGAUUUGCUAGAACCAGCUCUUGGUAUACUGGCGAAUCUAUCUCAUUUCUCAAAUCUUGUGAAACAAACAUUAACAAAAAAGGAAGAUUUUGAAGCAUUACGCAGUUGCCUACUUCGUAUAAUAAGUUCAGAUCAAGUAAGCCGUUCUGCUUUGGUUUUCUCUGUUGCUGUGAGAUUUCAUUUAUGGAAUUCUGCUGACAAAUUCUUCGAAGGUUUAAAUGCUCAUAGGACACUUCAAGUCUUAUUUAACGUAUUGUUGAAUGGAGAUGUCAGUGUUUGUGGUUUAUGCGCUGGUGAACUUCUGGGCGAUCUUUCAAGCGCAGAACCUGAAUUCUUUACGUCAAUACUCACCAGCUUCCCUGCUCAUAAGACCUUCAUUCAAGAGAUGGUCAUUCAAUUAAGAGCCAAAGAUACAUCACUUGUAUUAAAGUUAAUUAAUCUUCUACGUAUACUUUUGGAAAAUUGUGUUAAUUCCGGACUUGAUGAUUAUAUACGUGAAUUAUUCUUUAUUUCUAAUGGUAAUAAUCAUAGUGAAAAACAAUUAUUGGAUAAUGAUUUAUACCAACCAAAUGAUUCACUGUUAACUUUGUUCACAUUGGCUGGUGGAUCGGAUGAUUUAAUUGGUUCAGCUGCUCUGGAUUUGUUAGAUGAACUUGUAAGAAUUCCUGACUCAAAAAAUCUACCAAGUGUCACUAUACCUCGUGACUUUUUAUUUGUAAAAACUGUCGAAGCAUUGCGCAAAAUUGGAGAUUUAUCAGAUUCUUUAAAAACAACAAAUGAUUGCUACUGGGAUCGACUUUCUAUAUCAGGUCAUAUCUUUCGAAUUCAAUUACUAAUUCGACACUUGAAACAUUUACUUAAUCUUUAUCAAAUUGAUUCAUCAUCGGAGUCUACAUUAAAUUUGACUGAAUCAGAUAUUCUUUCUCAAAUUCCUAUUUUAAGUAAUUUUCUAUGCCAAUUAGUUAAUAAUCAUUUGGAUAAUAAUCAACUUGUUGAAAUUCUAUUAAAUGAUCAACAUGAAAAUCAACAUGUUGAUUGUCAUUCUUCGAUUACAAAUAAGUCGGAUAUUGAUAUAUGCCUCUUAUCUUGUGCACUUUCAGCUGAAUCAAUCGGUCUUCUUUUUCAGUGUACUGAACUAUUAUCAUCCUGUGCACCAAUCACUACUCAAGAUGAUGAAGUCUCUCUUACGCAAGAUACUCCGAUUAAAUCAAAUCAUCAUUUAGACACUGAUUUGAAGUUUACACAAAAUAUUGCUCGACAAUGUGGUUAUUUGUUGCAAUCACUUAUUGAACGUCCUGAAAUGCCUGGUUUAUUAGCAUUAUGCUUAACAGCUUCUAGUCCUUUUUAUCAAAGUGACGACGUUUUAGGAGUAGGACUUCAGACACGUAAAGAUGUCUUUCAGUUACUUAAUGUAGUUCAUCACGUUGAAAAAUUCGAUGAUGAUCGGUUUGUAUUUCUAUUUAAUCAGCUGAUAAAUCCUUUUGGAUAUUGUGGUAAUAAAUUACUCAAAUUUUUAUCAGAUGAACAAUAUCAUCAACCAAAUAAAAACAAAACACUAUUUUUAAACAAAUGGUUUCGUUCUUUGACUAAUGAUACAAACAAAGUGAAACCUAUUAAUCGACCAUAUGAUAUGAAAUACCGUUCUGAUUCAUCUGAAAUGGAAUUAUUAGAAAAGGAUAUCGAUAAGUUUUUGGCUAAUCAAAAGUUUAUUGAUAAUAAUCAUACUACAGAUGAUGAUAUUAAAUUAACAUUAUCCAUGUAUGAAUACAAAAUCCGUCUAUUACAAUCUCGUGAAAAGGUCCAUGAAAAAAAUGCCAGAAUCAAUGCUGAAGCCGCAUUGAGUGCGCAUAAACUAUGCGAUUAUUACCGGGAACGUCUUGAACUAUCUGAAUAUGAGUCAAGUAAAUUACGAAUGCUACAAAUGGAAUCAAUCGUUAAUAUACAUCAUUAUAAAAAACAAAUUUCUUGUGGAGCAGAACAACUUGAGAAAUUUAAUGAGAAAAUUGCUCAACUCAGUGAACAAUUAGAAAUUAAACACAAAUCUUACGAAGAAUCUGAAUUAAAAGUUGAAACGCUUCAAAAUAAAUUAAAAGCUGCUCGUGAACAGAUUAGAUCUAUGGAUUUGACAAUUGAUGAUUAUCGAAACCAGUUGAAUCAGGCUCAGAAUCAAAUCCAAGCUCAAACUGCACAAAUAAAUAAAUUCACCCAAAUUACAAGACUUAUUAACGACCUCACAGUGAAUCCAUCGGCUGAAUUGGGGAAUUCUUUGAUUACUGCUAAUGCACUAGAUCGACCUGUGCAACCAGAUCCUAUUACUUCUCAAUCUGUUUGUGACACUGGUCGUGUCACUUCAGUUUCAACGCGAAAGACGACUAACCGCAAUCCACGGCAUUAA